CCUAAAUAUCUAACUCCUUAAUUAAUAACCUUUGAUUUUGAUGAUUAGGAUGUUUACAUCUUCUAAGGAAACCUCUAAAACCAGAGGAUGGAGCAGAGGAUGUGAGAAUAACUACCUGACACAUCAUCCCCACAUUUGUGUUUAAAGUUUCCAUUGGAAAAGAUUUUCUUGUUAAAACUCUGAAAAUCCUAUGUGGCCAAAAUAUAGGAAUUCUUCGUUGUCUCAUUGGAGAUGCUCUUAACAUAUCACAAACCAGUACUUGAUGUUGGAAUUGGGGUGUUCAUGAGUACCAUCAAGAGUGUCGGUGUGCAUGGUCUUUUGGUUCCAGAUAUUUCUUUUGAAGAAACUGCAAUUGCGAUAAGAGAUGCAACAUUACACCAAAAAAUUGAACUAGUGUUGCUCACCAAACCCGAUACACCAACAGAGAGAAUGAAAGCCAUUGCUGAAGCUUCACAAGGAUUUGUGUACCUAAUUAGUUCAAAGGGAGUUACAGGUCCCCAUUCAACGGUAAAUUCACAAGUUCAAGAUCUAAUUCGAAAAAUUAAGGAGGCUACGACUAAGCCCGUGGUUGUUGGUUUUGGCUUAUCAAAACCAGAGCAUGCGAAACAGGUAGGAGAAUGGGGAGCGGACGGUGUGAUUGUUGGUAGUGCCUUGGUGAGAUUGCUAGGGGAAGCGAAAUCUCCCGAGGAAGGGCUCAAAGAACUCGAAACCUUUGGCAAAUCCCUAAAAGCUGCACUCCCUGUACGAGUACCUUCCCAAUUAAGUGUGGCUCUUCCUAAAGUGUGGGAUCGAGAAAAAAUCAAAAGAAGCUUUCAUUUUAAGACUGUGGACUUCAAAAUUGCUGGAUUGGAGUGAGGAUAAACUAAGAUGGCGAGGAAUUCUAGGACCUUCUAUUGUAGCUAAGAAUGUAAACAUGGGAUAAUGUUUGUCACUUAGAUGUCUUAUCAAGCUAUCUAGAAUCACCAAUAUGUUUAUCUGGAAACUAGUGGCAGCAGAUGUCUUAAACCAAAAGUAAAUGCAUAUCAAUUGUGUGUUUGUGAUGGCCCGAGUCAAGUCCGCAUCUGUCCUAUAUAUGUGGGCUGUUUUCUCUGGGUUACAUAUUGCUAUGCCUUUUGAGUUAUAAAGGGAGAUGUGAUAGAUUUGGAUU